AUGGGCAGUAUUGACGCCAAUGGCACGACCGCCGCCCACGGCGUCAUCAGAUACAGCGAGCCGGACGACUCAAUUCCAGCAUCAGAACGAUCAUUCUACUCCUUCCCAGCCUCUCGCCUUGUGGAAGACCACACCCACGAACUCCACGACCUCCGCCAAUCCCCCAUAAAACCCGGCGCCGGUCUCGACGUGCAAGGCUUCACCUGGCUUACGCAUAAGUCGGCGCUCGCUGGGGACGAGUGGUUCCAAGGGCGCAACAUCGAGGAUGUCUACGCGCCGGAGAUGAUCAAGCUUAUCUGUGAGGUGACGGGGGCGAAGAGGGCAGUGGUCGAUGGGUUUGGGAUCCGGACGAGGAGUGCGACGUUGCAGGAGGAGAAGCCAUAUGAUGUGAAUUUGAAGGGAGAUGGAUUGGAUCUCGUGGUUUCGCAGUUGCCGAGGGAUGUUUUGAGAGUAUCUGGAAAGGACCGAAACAACGCAAUCCCGCCGGCGAGAACCGCUCAUAUCGAUUUCAGCGUCCAAGGGCUUCGAGACACGGUUCGUUGGGGUAGGCAGGACAUCGCAAGGGAGGCUCAAGCCGCAAUCGAGGCGGAGGAUGCUGGCGAGGCGCCUAGAUACGCGGCUUACAGUAUAUGGCGUCCUCUCAAGCCCGUAAAAAAAGACCCUCUCGCCAUGCUCGACUGGCGCACCGUCGACAAGUCCGACAUAGCUCCCAUGACCUCCCGUGCCCUCAGCGGAAUCCGUCCAGAAGGCGAGUAUAUCCGAACGGGCCUCAGUCACGGCCCUCCAAAGAACCCUGAGAUGCUCAAGUGGUACUGGAUUCCCAGCCAGCAGCCUGACGAGGUCGUGAUUUUGAAGUUCUCGGAUACCUCGGUGGGAGACCUGGGCGAGAAUAAGCCUGAUAUCGCGGCGCAUUGUGUCCAUGGGUCGCCUGUGAUUCCGGGGAUGGAGGAUGUGGAGGCCAGGGAGUCGAUUGAGUGUAGGAUUAUUGCGUUUUGGGAUUGA